AUGAUGGACAAUGCAUCCAUAAUAACCAGCUCUGCCCGCACCGUGUUCCCUCAAGGCCCCAGUUUCACCCUCGAGGACUUCUCCAGCCGGGACUUCAUUGUCAAGGAGUUCAUUGAAGCUCUUUCCGAUACGGCGAUCUCCAAUCGUCGCUCGUUAGCCGGUACUGCCGCUGCCAACCAACCCUUCGAUCCCAAACCCCUCAUCCGUACCUUCGAAAGCGCCCAACGUCGCUUGAGCGAGCUCUCUGGAGACCUUGAGCUCCGGGAGAAUGAACUUUCAGCAGCGGUCCGACGCGCAGAAGCGCAGCAUGGCCAGAACCUCACCACCCUCGGUCAGAAGCUCCGCCACACCAUCGAAAACUUUCAACAGCUUGACACGUCUCUAAAUGUGCCCGGCCGCGAGAAUCCAGCAGGGACAGGGAACAUGGCAGUCGAGACAGGAAAGCGCUUGGAGGAGCUAGACCGCCAGCGCCGACGAGCCCUGGACGCCCAUUUCCUCAUUCAAUGUUGGGAUGGCGUGUGUAACCGAGGCGAGCUCUCACUAUUAGAGGGGCUGCGGCGAUCUGGCACGGGAGAGGCCAAGGUGCGCUCCGCUCACAUCGCGCGCCAACUAUUGCGCAUUAGUCAACGGCUGGACCCGCAGAGUUGGCAGGAACAUCGCGCUCACUCGAAUGGUGCGAAUGGUGGGUUCGGAAAUAGCUCUUCGUCUGAGGAUAUCAGCGAGAGCAGCACCCCGCGGCGGAAUACGCGGGAGAUUAUUGAGAAGUUCUCUGAGACACUGGAGAAGGAUUUGCUGAAGCAGUUUGAUGAAUUCUAUCGCAAGGCUAACUUUGACGGCAUGAAGGAUUGCGCCACUGUGUUGCAGGAUUUCAAUGGCGGUGCCAGUGUCAUUGCAUUGUUCGUCAACCAGCAUCAGUUCUUUAUUGAACGCAGCCAGCUGGUGACCGAGGAAGUCGGCGGUGAUCCGGAGUCGUGGGAGAAAUUGGCUGAUCCGGACGCGGAGCUUCCUGGCGUUGAAUCUAGCCUCCAGUCGUUGAUCGAUGAAGUAAAGGUUGUGGUUCAGGAGGAGUCUGCUAUUAUUCGGCGGGCCUUUCCAUACUACGAGCAGGUCUUAGGCAAGUUUUUACAACGAGUCUUCCAGCAAUCUAUCCAGCAGCGACUGGAAAUGGUGCUGGAGAAAGCGGCUGGUGUGUCUUCACUCGCAUUCCUCCGUUGUCUGCAAAGCUCCCGUGGCUAUAUCAGUGCCUUGAUCGAAGAUCUGAAGUCGCAUGGCUUGACCGAGCAUCCGGAGCCUGUGUCUUCGCAGACAGCUGUGUUGCUAGAUCAGCAGCUAGAGGAGCUUUUUGUUCCUUAUUUCGUUGGGUCGUCUUACAUCGAACGCGAGAAGCGGACGUUAGAAGAACUCUUCAAUGCGGUCCUGUUCAGAUUUACAUCCUACCAUGCCCGCCGAAAGAAGGCGGCAACAACUUUCAUGGCCUCGUUAUCCCGGGCUGGAUCAGAGCUUCUUUCGACUACACGCGAUGCAUUUAUUAGCCGGUUGGACUCACCAGAGGUCUCACCUAUCCAGCGAAAAGUUCUGCUCAGCGUAGCCAAGAUAGGCGAUACGCUGGAGACAACUCGAUUGACCGAAAUCAAGCUCACAGAAGAAGAUGGACAACCCAAUCUCAGCGACGCUAAGCGGAUGCUGAAGUGGUUGGCCGAAGCCGUGGGCCGGGGACUGGAGCUCAGUGUCAACAGCGACACACCCAAAGAUGUCUCCGCCUUGCUCAACCUGCUUCUCCUCGCGAUGGGAGAGGGAUAUGUGGAUGUUUGUCUAGACGCCGCUCUGGAAGCGGCUACGUCGCAAGAAUCCGCCAAGGCCGAACCCGACUUCUCCUACCUCUUCUCGGCUCGCACCACGAUCAGUAUUACCACAUUGAUGGUGAUGUGCAUCCAUGCGGUCCUUCUCCCUCUAUCAGCUGCGAGCAUCACCACCCGCCGGGAUAUGGAGAAGCGCACUAGCCAAACCACCUCACGCAUCGAGGACAAAAUCAACAGUAUCGAGCAGAAAACUAUCGACACCACAUUUGCCUGGGUUAGCAGAUUGCUAUCCAACCAGAAGAAGAAUGACUUCCGGCCAAGGGAAAGUGAUAACACCGCAUGGUUAGAGAUGCUACAGACUCCAACCUGCGCGUCAAUUACCUCGUUCCUAAGCCGCGUCCACAACAUUGCGCGCAGCUCCCUCCCAUCCAGCGGUGCCAAUGUGCGUCAAGUGCUGACCGAGAUAGCCCUUGGAGUGCGCAGCCUUCUUCUUGAACACUUCAAACGGUUCUCUGUGAGUGGACCUGGUGGACUAAUGGUCACCAAAGACAUGACGCAAUAUGCAGAUCUCUUUAAAUCCUGGGACAUUGACGAAGAGACUAAAGGUCCCGGUGGCGCGCUGGACGUGCUACUGGAAGUUGGCAGCUUAUUUGUGAUUGGGUCUGAGGCUCUCCGUGAACGAAUCCGUGGUGGUGCUGCCACGGCCAGCGGACCCGGGGCCUCGGGACGCAAUGUUACCCAGGAGGGUAAGUUGAGUGUUCAGGAGGUGCGGGCUUAUGUCUCGCGCCGUGAGGACUCCAAUACAUUUGCUAUGCAGCAGGUUCUUAAUGCACUGUGA